GCCCCCUCCCUCCAAAAAAAACCGCCGCGAAAAAAGAUGGUACAACGAUAUGUUCUAUAAGCAAAGGUGAACUUUGCCCGGCCAUCGGCGGCCCGGGACUCGGACAACGAGACGCCUCGGAGUGUUUUUAUUAUAAACUGGUUUGCGGUGUAGCGUCGUUAGACACCCAAUGUAUAGUCUCAAAUUUCGAGAGUGAGAGAUACAUAUCUAGGGUAGGAAGGGCAGUACCUCGGUACUUGCUGGUACCGUAGGUACCGUGGUACGUCCCCUCCAUACGCAGGUAUGAACGUACCGUGGUACCGAGUGCCGCAGGCGCGGCAGGCACUGUUCAAGGAGCUCACAGAUUAUAACACAAAAAAACACACAACACGCUCCGACAUGGAACGGGUGAAAAUUUGGACGGUGUGACAGCUUUCGACUGACGCAGGAAGUCGUGUUGCAGAUGGCCGUCGCCGCGGGCCGGCAUGCAAUCUCGACCCGCAUCGGCGGCGCGGCCCGCUCGUGGCCGCUCUGCACGCUCGCGCUCGUUCUGGGAGAAGCCGCGCUGCUCUACGUAAUAAUAAGCACCGUCGCCUACACGGAGAUCGACUACGCGACCUACCUGGCGCAGAAGAAUGCCGUGUUAGCGGGCGAGCGCGACUAUUCGAAGAUACACGGGCCGCAGGGACCUUUGGUCUACCCCGCCGGCCACGUGUGGCUCUAUGCCGUCAUUGACUCCAUAUGUCAGGGCAGCGUCGAAGCAGCGCAGCGUCUGUUCGCCGUGAUGUACGUGCUGGACGUGUACGUUGUGGCGCGCAUCUACCGAGCGACCUUCUUCCCUUCAAGAACGUUCCCGCCCGUCCUUCUCUCGCUCCUCGCGCUGUCGAAGAGGGCGCACUCGGUGUUUGCGUUGCGGCUGUUCAACGACGGCCCCUGCGCGUUACUAAGCCACGCGGCGGUGCUGCUCUUCGUGCAGUCGCGGGACGCGGCGGCCUGUGUCGUGUACUCGCUGGCGUGUUCGGUCAAGAUGUCGGCUUUACUGUACGCGCCGGCGGUCUACGUGGGGGUUCAGCGCGGCGAGGGGCCUUCGACGCAAGACGCCGGCGUCGCGGCGACGCGAGACCCGCGCAGGUGCUACUCGCGGCCAAAAAAGGACAUACAGGAGCGGUAACGACGAUCCUCGGCUGCUGCGCCUCCGUGCAACUUUUGGUAGGGCUGCCGUUCCUGGCGCACGACCCCAUCAGUUACAUGAAGAAUGCCUUUGAUUUCGGGCGGGGCUUCAAGCAUCGAUGGUCUGUAAACUUUAAGUGGAUCCCUUGUGAACCGCGGCCGCCUCAACUGAUAACGCCGUUGCGCGACUGCGACGGGCCGUUCGCCUCGUCGUACUUCAAGGCCUGUACGCUCGCGCUCCACCUCACGUUACUAGCCCUGUACGUCGACCGCUCUCUACGACGGCGGAACUUCCGGGGCCGGGGCGGGUUGAUCGCGUUCGUCCGGGCGCCGCGCAAGUACGGGGCGAUCCCGGGUGAUCGAAUAGCGCCGCUCCUGUUCGCGUGCAACUUCAUCGGCGUCGCGUGCGCGCGGUCGCUGCACUUCCAGUUCGUGGUCUGGUACGGCAACACGCUGCCUCUGUUAUUGUGGACGACGGCCGUGCCUCGGUUUUUGUGCGUCGCGUUGGUGGUGGCCGUCGAGGCGUGCUGGAACCCCUGGGGUUUGAACGAGUCAUCUUCGGUCGAGUCGUCGCUGUUGCUCACGGCCGCGCAUCUGAUUCUGGUUGCGGCGCUCCUCGCGGAUAGUAAGCGUAAGGUCCGGUAGAGACACC